GAGUGAGUGUGAAUAGAGCGAUGACGGAGAUUGCAGCACGCGAGGUUUCUCACCACUGCAACUUGGGACCCAACAGAUGGCGAGGGGAGGUAACUGCAUUUCUCUCCUAACAGAAGAACUUGGAUACACCGCGAUGUCUGUCACCGUCAAAGAGGUUGCUGUCAGAUAACACCAACUUAUCUCGAAAAGCGCGUUAUAUAUAACUGUGCACGUUGCUAGAAAUAAUGCCAUUCAUAUAAGAAUUGUUUCCUGAAUGAACUGUGCAGGUUUUUGAUUGGCGUGGAUUAUUUGUGAAGCCAGUUGCAAAUGUAAGCUCGUUCGGAUUUGAUUAACGACUUUAUAAAUCUCUGUGUUCAUCCUUCACGCCGGAAUUCUAAUUAAUUAGUCGCCCCUUCUGGCAAGAGAAGUUGGACCUGUCAAUUGCGUGCACGUACGUGCGUAUGUGAUGUCAGUGUUGUAUCAACAGGGACUAGUGCUAAUUGUUUGGCUGGAGUAUCAAACUAUGGUGUGGUCUCUGCGAAAGUUGGACUGAUGAGAUGAUGCUACAGUUCCUGAUGCGGUGAUCACAUUCCAGUGUUGAAUUUUCCACUGUGUGGGACUUGCUUACUUUGGACCCCCAGCAAGGUACUGACAAGAGAAACCAUGGCAAGGAUCGCUGUGCAGAAUUCAUUGGAGACCUCUCAAUGGAAGCAAAAAGCUGGACAACGUUGCACCUUCAAUGGAUCCCUCCCACAACCUUGGGUACCGCAUGACGACGACAUCACAGGCAAACGAUGUCCGUGAAGCGUUUCCCGCCAAAAACAUGUCUGUCUCGGGCCCGAGGAACUUCUGCUCGUCGGACAACGCCACCUUCAACAGCUCCAACGUUUCGACGUGUGACCAGAAUGUUUCAUCCCCUAUUUUAAUGUUGUCUCUCGGAGUCAUUGGGAAUAUCCUCGCCCUAUUAGUCCUGUAUUCCUCCAAGCGGGAGGCUCACGCCAGAAGGACAGUGUUCUUCGUGAUGCUGGCCGGCCUGGCGUGGACAGACUUACUGGGCCAACUAGCCACUGGACCUGUCCCUAUUAUCAUGUAUCUUAACAACCUCCAGUGGGUGGGCGGAAUGCCCUUGUGUAUCUAUCAUGGCUUCAUGAUGAUCUCCAUCAGUGUUGUGACUCAUCUAAUCGUGGGCUGCAUGUCCCUGGAGCGUUUCCUCGCCAUCCGCUUCUCCUACUACUACGCCAGGCGAGUGUCCCGGUUCAAAGCCCAGAUGACGUUCCUCAUCUGCUGGGUGGUCACCUUACUCUUCGCCAGCCUUCCUUUCCUCAACUUUGGCAGUUACGAGCACCAGUUCCCCGGCAGUUGGUGCUUUCUGAGUUUCCAUUCCAACAGCACCAGUGAUGCAAUCUAUGCUGGCUCCUUCAGCAUGCUCAACAUCGUCUCCAUCAUUAUCAUGAUUGUGUGUAACACCACCGUGGUCAUAACCCUUAUACAGCUGCGUCGGAGACGUAGUCUAAAUAGCUCGCCUUCAGUAGACAGACGUCUGUCGUUUUUGGGUCUGGGCAAUAGCUACAGUACCAACAUGCAGGGCAGCGUGAUCCGGAGGAAGAAACAUUCCGACAUGGAGGCACAGAUGAUUUGGUUCCUGAGUCUCAUCACUGUGGCUUUCAGCGUCUGUUGGCUGCCUCUCAGUGUUCACAUCCUCAUUACCCAAUUCACCGGAGUAACUGACCAACGCACAGACCUGAUUGCUGUCCGGAUGGCCAGCUGUAACCAACUCCUGGAUCCAUGGCUCUACGUCAUCUUCCGGAAAAGCAGCAUCACCAGGAUCAUCCGCAGACUGAAGCGAUGCUUCCACCCUUGCGUUUUCGGCCGAGCUCCGCCUAACCGGCCCAAGCAAUACCCGGGACGUUACGCCACAUGUAAGAGAAGCUUUACGUGUGAAAACACCACUGUGGGGCGGACAGCGAUCAACGGUGUGGAUCGGACACCCCUACGAUGGACUUCACCGAUGAGAAAUAGGACCAACCGUCGUGGAGAGUCCAACGGACAUUGCGUUUAUUGGAAGCCCUCUUGGAAGGGGCAGGGUUAUUGUAAAGACACGCCCAGUGACGACAGCACGGACGAUAGCUCCUCCCACCUUCUCCAGGUCUGUCCGUACUGCGUUCAAAACGACAAAGAAAAAUACGUCCUACAUUCGCUAGCUCAGCUCAGCAUAGGUUGGUCACCGACAAAUUCACCCGCUGAGUCAGGAAAAGUGCUCUGCGAUGCCAGCCAGAGGAGUUAUAACUGCAGCGACGUCAAGUCAAACUCUAGAGGAUUUGACAGAGGGUCAACAGACUUUCAAGCGAGAUGUACUGUGAGUGACAGCGGAAUGUCCAAAAUACAGCGCCACAGAACAAAAUCUGAACGUGUGCUCCGCGCAACCCAGCCUUCUCUUCACGCAGUAGCGUCUCUGCCGCUUCUAAAGCUUGUUAGACCGAGAGUAUCGAAGAAAUCUUUUCUUCGGCAUCGAAAACGUAUGACAGAUCAGACAAAGCUGUCCUCAAAGGUUUCCGGGAAUUAUCGUUCUUUAGAUACAGCCCACCGUGUUACAGACAGACAAACCAAUUCUCAGAAGCCGAUUUCCGCUCCAGUGACACGUCUAGCGUUACCGGUGAACUUCUCCACAAGCGCUUUUCUGACGUCACCUCAGCCUCCUACACCAACUAAACAGCAAUCUCUACCAAUGUUUGACAGUCCAUCUUUUCCUAUUAAUUUUUUCGCAUUUCCUCCUGCCACUAGUCUAGAAAUGUUAGCUCGAAAUACAAUUCAGUCACUGGGUUUGGAAGACGAAACCUAUAAAAAAUCUGAAGCCACGCCUGGACUGUCGCCUAAAAUGGCGGAGAGUGUGCCUGCAGAAAAUGACGUUACUCCCAGCACGUUAAACGAAAACAAACAAUGCGAUGCCUACACUUCGGAUUGUAACUACGGGGUACAAAACAGUGGUGCUGAGACACAAGUAUUACUUUUACAACAUAACCGUUACUCGGGAUUUAACUCAAAUACACACAGUUCAUCAGCUUUGAAUAUAUCUGCUUGUGACGAUGAUUUCGAUCUUGAAGAUGAGGUUUUCUUAAAUGUUGGUGAAGAAAGCGUUUCCCCAGAUCUCGUGAUAUCAUCUAAGCAAGGUGUUUCAGAGGCUUUGAAUCAAGAGAGAUCUGAAACAGAGAGCUUCUGCGAAAACGAUUCACUGCUCCAGUUUUCAACAGAAGACGAAAAAUCAUAUUAUUCAGACACUGUUAUUUCUUUCAAAAAUUGGUAACUCUGACUUCAAUACUUUAUCAUGUGUUGUGGCCUUAAUCGAGUGUUAGCUCUUUGCGGAUUUAGCAGACACGUAUAAAUCCGACCAGCAGCAGACAAAGGGCAGUUUUCCGGCUCACAGAAAACCUUCAUUCACAAAUUAGAAACACGGAUAUGCUUAUUUCUUAAUAUAGUAUUCAUGUUGUUGCCUCUGGGUUUUUUUAAGUUUCAAAGAAAGUUGAAUGGAAAAAUCUCAAUGAAUAACACAGUUGUGCUUCUUUUUGAAAGUGCCGUAAACAAGCGUUGUCGAACGACCAGAUUGCGCGUCCUCAAGGAGUUUAAGCUGUAGAAGACCAAACAUCUUGUCCUGCUGUGACAUCUGGAUGUCUCAGACAUAAAGCAAGACCAUAUUAUUAACACACAGCCCAGAGAGUUUGAACACUGAUAAUAUUGUGAGAAUAAAAAGGGAGAUCUUGAUGUCGAAAUGCUGAUUGGGAGCACAGUCGUAUUUAGACCAAAGACUGCUUUUUUGCGGAGACUCUAAUGGUGUAAUGUCACCUACGGUUCAUAAAGAU